UUAUUGCAGAAACUGAGCAACGCAACAGAAAAAGAAAAACAAAAUGGAGGAAGAACUCAAGAGCUUCGUCAAAGUAUGGGGUUCUGCAAUAAUCUCUGUCUCUUACUGUUACUAUAUACCAUCGAAGAUCAAAAGCGGUGUUCAUCGAUUACUCUCGGUUCUUCCUGUCUGUGUUCUGUUUCUUGUUCUUCCUUUGUUCUUCGUCUUUACGAUUUUCUCUUCCACCACUGCGUUUUGCCUCUCUAUACUUGCUAAUUUUAAGCUCAUCUUAUUUGCCUUCGACAAAGGUCCUCUUUUACCACUUCCCGCUAAUCUCUUCCGAUUCAUAUGCUUUACUUGCUUGCCCAUCAAGAUUCAAAAAAACCCUAACUCUCAAAAUCAUCUACCUAAAUGGGUUUUCUUUUGUAAAGCUGCAAUUUUUGGGGUGUUGUUAAACGUCCAUAACUAUAAAAGUUCGUUGCCUCCAAUUCUUCUAAUAUGUCUCUAUCCAUUGCAUCUAUACCUUGUGCUUGACGUUCUUUUAACCAUCGUCAACGCUUUGCUUACAAUCAUUCUUGGAUGCGACCUGGAGCCACAUUUCAACGAACCAUACUUAGCCACGUCUCUUCAAGACUUUUGGGGUCGCCGUUGGAACCUUAUGGUCCCGGCCAUUUUCCGGCCAGGCGUCUACCAUCCCAUGCGUUCGGUAUGCCAACCCCAAAUGAGGUCUGAUUGGGCAAGGUUCAUGGGGUGUUGGACCACAUUCUUCGUCUCUGGAUUGAUUCACGAGCUGGUAUACUUCUACAUAAACCGUGAGACGCCUACUUGGGAAGUUACUUGGUUCUUUGUAUUACAGGGGGUUUGCACCGCGAUGGAAAAAGCCGUGAAGAGGAAGACGCGAUGGUCGUUGAGUCCGAUGUUGUCACGGUUGAUCACGGUGGGGUUUUUGGUUGUCACAGGUUAUUUUCUUUUUUUUCGUCAGAUUGAAAGGAGCAACAUGUUGGAGAGACGCGCCACUGAAGCCUCACUAAUCAUUGAUUUCGUAAAACACAAGCUUUCCAAUUUUUUGUUAUAAUUACCAAAAUGUGUAAUGUCA